UGGUAAAAGCUUGUUGUCCUUAUAAACGUAAACAAAUGUUGCCGAAAACUGAUAAAGCAAACAUAAUACACGAGAGCACAAUAGCACUGUCAUGUUGUCAUUAAUUUCUCCUUCCGCGAAUGUAACGCAGUCACGGGACGCAGAUGAUUAAUUUAUAUUUUAUAUUAACAAAGACCCAUUGUCCUACUGAUGGGAAUUCCUAUGUAUUUCCCAGAUUUACAAAAUAAUAGCUCCAGAAAAAUUAUCAUGAAUCCUCCGUAGUUGUAUUUUUCUGCAUAUCAUAAGUCCUCUUUAGCUCUCAGUAACCUAUGAAUUGCUAUGUAAUGUUUUGUCAAAUUAAAAAUGUCAGACGAGAAAUGUUUGUACAUCUAUUCGCGUGCAUGUAUCUUAUUGUAUUUGAUUCUGUAAUACACAAAGUUCUAGCCGUUAUCACUGUGUUAGACCGCGGCAUAUAUCCUUUAGAAAAAGGAUCGGUGGGAAUACAAUUUUAUAUCGACCUUGAAAACGGCAAUCAUCAGAGCACAUGCAAAGUGACUUCACGGCCAACAAUGUGUUGUUUAUCCGAUGAAGACUUCAAAGAUUGUAGCGUAGAUACUAUUUAUGGUGAAAACGAACAAUACAUUAAACCUCAAAGCAGAGAAACUUUAAUUUAUGUGUAUCCUUCUUUGUACCAGUACGAUCAAAUAGGAUACUGCGAUUUUGGUGUCGAAUACAAAUGUCGUAAUGCAAGGCGUACCAGAAAAUUUUCUAUCAAUAUACCUUUUGACACACAGAUUGCGAAUAAGAAGUAUACGAGCUACCUUAAAGCAUACACCGAUGUGAAAGGCAGUGAUUGUGAUUCUCUAGACGAGGAUGCGCUACAUGAGUGCGAAGCGGUCAAUUGCGAUCUGAAGUACUCCGGCAGGAGACCUUACUUUGAGGGUAGACGAGGCAAAUGUGUGAGUGCUCCAGUAUGCGACACAAGUGCUGCAAAAGAACUCCCUGAUAUAGUUUAUGUCCCUAAAAAUAACAUUUGCAGAGAUCUAGAUCGUCCCAUUACAUUAGGUGAUAUAUACGUAAUAAACACAGGUCUCGGUGUCGUUACCGAGUCGACAAAGUCUGUAAACGAGGUGAAGGUAUUGUUGAAGUCAAACUGCUCGACAAUUUCACAAAAUGUUCACAUGUUAAAGGAUAUGAUGUUCGGAACACUAGCUCCUACUAUGGUCACAACCGAUACGACGGAAUACAAAACAUGUUGCUUAAAGGCCAUAUUUUCGAUAAUUGGCUACAUAAUAGCCCUGUGUGGCCUGUUGCUCUCAAUUGUCUGCUGCUUACAUACUUCACUAUGGUGUUACUCUAAGUAUAAAACAGGGGAACUAAAAGAGGUUUGGGCUUUUAAACCAAAUGAGAAUAAGCCAAAGGACCAUUUACGGAAACCCUCAAAUAUAAGCCGAGAGGUAACGGACAAUUUGUUGAGAGAAGUAAUCGUGCAUAACCUGCCGUUAGAGAUGAGGGACAGUAUGGUGGACAUCUGCCAAAGAAUCGAUCAGCAGAUAAAGCGAAAGAAGAGGUACAGAAUAGGUGACCUUAGAACUGAGGCAACUUUUAGGAAUGAACAUAGUGCUACAAUAACAGACACGUCUUCUGAAUCAUCGCAAGAUGAAGUGAAUGAUGCGAAUGAUGCAGAUGUUAAUAGAAAACUUUUGAGUAAAUAAUAUGUUAAUUAUAUAUAUUUAUGUUGUAUAUAAAUUAGUUUUAUAGGAUUUGUAAAAACAAU